GCCCCGUAUUAAGCGGUAUGUCUCGUCUUCGAAACCGACUAGUACGUCGACAAUAGGCGUAGGACAUGAUGAGGCAAGACAACGAAUACAGGCAAAGAUAGCCACAAUAGAGAAAGAACGACCGUUCAGCAACUUUCUGACCGACAAGUUCAACCGACAACACACUUAUCUACGUAUUUCGGUGACCGAACGAUGCAACUUAAGAUGCACUUAUUGUAUGCCAGCAGAGGGCAUUGAUCUAACUCCUUCCGACAAAUUACUCUCUUCCGACGAGAUCAUUCGAAUAGCACGAUUAUUCGUCUCUCAGGGCGUCACAAAGAUACGCUUGACUGGAGGGGAGCCAACUAUACGCAAAGACAUUGUUGAUCUAGUCGGGGAACUCAAUAAGCUCAAACCGCUUGGUCUACAGACCAUUGCAAUGACGUCUAAUGGCAUUGCUUUACCGAAAAAAUUGCCUCAACUUGUCGAAAAUGGGUUAAAUCUGUUAAACAUCAGUUUAGACACACUCGAUCCAUUAAAAUUCGAAUUAAUUACUCGGCGUAAAGGCUUGAAUCAAGUCAUCAGGACAAUCGACCAGGCAAUUUCGCUCGGACUACGCCCGAUAAAGGUCAAUUGCGUUGUAAUGCGUGGCAUAAAUGAUCAGGAGGUGGCGGACUUUGUUGAAUUCACACGCGAUCGAUCUGUCGACGUCAGAUUCAUAGAAUAUAUGCCUUUUGACG